UACUUAUAGGUCAUUCGUGAUCUGACAUUUAUUAUUAACCAAUUAUCAUAUAUAUUUUCCUUCAUCUUGAUUAUAUUUACAUUAUCCAUCCAAAAUGAGACUACAUUCAGAUGUAUACAUACGUUUCUUAUGGAAAUGAAUCUCCAAUUAUGCAUAUUAUUGUAUAUAUAUUAUAGUAAACAUCACAACUAUGCAUUGUGAAAAAUUCUAAGAAGCCCAUUUUGUAAUUUUAAAUUAUGGUCUUAAUACAUUUUAGGAAAAUUUGUAAAUAUUAAUCCAACCUUUGGCCGGUUUUCUUUAAUUAAGCCAACAUAUGAGUUAUUUUAGAAUAAUCCGAACUUUUAUAGUCAUUCUCUUUUAAUAGUCCCAACAGGUAACCCACCUGCUAUAACAAGUUACCUAUACACGUGUCCCUUUCUAAUUAGUCAAAAAUAUUAUCAUUUUUCUUUUUUUUUCUUUUUCCAAGCUCCCAUUUUUAGAUUUUGUUCUAAUUAUUGAAUGAAAAUGUCAAUUGUAUUCUAUUAUUUUGUUCUAAAUCUCACUCUGCUCUCUUCUCCGCUCUCUUCUAUGCUCCAUCUCCUUCUCCUUCCUUCCUCAAUUCAGCGCCUAUAACCUCAAUUCAGCGCCUGGAAGAGAAUCCAAAAGCGAAACACCAUUAUCAGAUCGACCGAGAAUCUCACGGUAAUCAGACGGCAUAAAAUUCUCCUAAACAGCAUCAGAAUCAGAAGCAGACUUGAAAAUCUUUGAUAUAGAAGAGAAACGACAUGCAUCACGAGGACUAGUGAAGGAAACAACAGCCGCGAUGCAUCCUUCCGGUAGAACAUAGAAAUCUAUGCCGCAGAAGAUCUCUUCCUCUCCUUCUUCUUCUCCCCCUCCUUCUACCAUUUUCAAUUCCUCCAUUAACGAAAUCGAAUUUUCCAGAAACUAAGAAAUGUCUGGGUUCGUGAUGUGAUGUGAGGUGAGAGGAGGAUGUGUUCGGUGACGGGUUUAUAUAGACGGUGAAUGAAGAGGCAGGGGGGAGUGAGGUGAGAAACAGCUUAAUGGGAGAGGAAGAUGUUCUGGAGUUGAGGUUGAUGGAUUUGGUAAUCUUGCUAAGGCUUUGUUGGAGAAGAUUUCCUAAACCUGAAUUUGAAUUCGGUCGGAGAAAGAUCGGCGGUUGUGGGAUGAAGAUGAUCGAUGAUUGCUAAAGAUGAUAGGGGGAGAGGGUGAAAUUAUUUUCUAAAAAGACAAAUUAGGAUAAGUAUUACCAUUUUAAUAGGUUACCGGUCACAUGGGACUAUUAAAAGAGAAUGACUAUAAAACUUCGGAUUAUUCUAAAAUAACUCAUAUGUUGGCUUAAUUAAAGAAAACUGGCCAAAGGUUGGAUUAAUAUUUACAAAUUUUCCUACAUUUUAUCAGUAUAUUUAUGUUUCUCUUUAGUUUUGCUUUUGUAAGCUCUAAUGGAAUUAGAGGUAAAUUAAGCAUAGAUGAUACAACUCGUACAAGCCACGCAACGGUUGUUGGAAGCUUGAAAUCAAACAUAACGGCGCAACCAACUACAAGCAAUUACAAUUUGGAAUUGAAGUGGAGAGGGCCUGGAGCAGAGUUUUCAGGAAUAGUGAUCCGCGGUUCUUUUGAAGAUGUAUAUACGGAGAUAAGUGUGUUCAAACCAAGCCCGGUAAAACCUGGUCAUACUAGUUCAACCUUUGUUGCACUUGAAGCCGGAGAAGGCGCCAAUUUUAAUUGUAUACAAGCUGGGUGGACGGUAAUUUAUUGUAUCUACUGGAUUAAGAUAUCUUAAUUAUUUAAUUUUAAUCAUCAAUUAAGAAGCUAGGUUUUCCUAUCAUUUGGUAAUCAUAUAUGACGCAUUAAUUAUAAAUACUGUUUGUUAGAUUUGUGCGUUUGGGAUGAGAUGUUAAAGAAAUUUGAUAGACAAGUUAAUAAAGAAAACUUAAACUAAGAUCCAGAUCAAAGAGUUGAGUUAUUAAGGGUUAUGUUUUUCAAUUAAGUUCGUUCAUUUAACUUCUCGAAUAUAUUUCUUAAAUUCCGUGUCUAUAUUAAGUUUAUUACUUAUGUCGUCAAAAAAAACAAAAACUUGUUACGCAGUGCAAGUAAAAAAAAAAGUGGAAGUAUAUAUUGGAAUUAAAUAAAUAAAAGUUACUGAAAAUUCUAUGUUGCGAUUUAGGUGAAU